AUGGUUGCUAAGGAAAUCUACAUUGCGGUUAUUGGUGCUGGUGGUGUAGGAAAAUGUUUUUUAUCCCAACUUGAAGCUCUUUCCCAACGAUUCACUUCAUCCAAGAUUUCCCUCGUCUUCGUAUCAAGAAGCAAGAAAGUUCUCUACAGCUCAAAAUACACUCCUCUCUCAUAUGUCGAUCUCUCAACAACGCUCGCGGACUCUACACAAGAACCCCUCUCUCUACCAAAGAUCAUCGAAUAUUUAGCAGCCGCGCCGGCAAAGGUCGUUCUAGUCGAUAAUACAAGUUCUCAAGAUGUGGCAGAUGCAUACCCACAAGUUCUAUCGAAAGGAAUCUCAAUAGUUACUCCCAACAAGAAGGCAUUCUCUGGUUCUUAUAAAUUAUGGCAGGAUAUCUUCUCCGCAGCUUCAUCGUCUGGUGCUAAGGUAUAUCAUGAAAGCUCGGUCGGUGCUGGAUUACCAGUCAUCUCUACUUUGAAGGAAUUGGUCGACACAGGAGAUUCUAUAACCAAAAUCGAGGGUGUCUUCAGCGGUACCAUGUCAUUUCUGUUCAACUCAUUCGCACCCACCGAAGGUUCAGGGGGAAAGUGGUCUGCGGAGGUCGCCAAAGCAAAGGAGCUGGGCUAUACUGAACCGGAUCCAAGAGAUGAUUUGAACGGUCUAGACGUUGCCAGAAAAUUGACAAUCUUGGCAAGAUUGGCAGGUCUCCAAAUUGAAUCUCCUACUUCCUUCCCAGUUCAAAGUUUGAUCCCCAAAGAAUUGGAGAGCGUUUCAAGUGGAGAGGAAUUUCUCCAGAGGUUGCCCGAAUUUGACUUCCAGAUGGAGGAAACAAAAAAUGCUGCCGAGAAAGAGGGUAAGGUUGUGAGAUUCGUUGGAAGUAUUGAUGUCGCAAAGAAGGAAGUGAAGGUGGGUCUGGAGAAAUUCGACAGAUCACACCCAAUUGCUGCGCUCAAGGGAAGUGACAACAUUAUCAGCUUCUACACAAAGCGAUACGGAUCCAAUCCUUUGAUCAUCCAGGGAGCUGGUGCGGGUGGAGAAGUGACAGCAAUGGGUGUCACAGGUGAUCUUAUCAAGGUGCUCGAGAGACUUUCUUGA